AUGUUCCUUUUCGCAGGACAGGCAAACGCUAUUGCAGCUAACGAUGUCGACGCGUGCAACGGUUCAAACCAUUACUCUGUCGGUCACUCCUGCGCCUUUCAGGAGUCUCAAGGCAUCUGCCAAACCAAUAGUUGCGGCGUGCUCAUCUGUGUCCCUAACUGAGGCGAACUACGAUGAGCUGAAU